GAACGGUUGGAAGUAUGAUAUGACGUAACAAAGCGAUGAGCAGAAAACCUAUACCAGAGAAUCGUGAGUCUUCAUCGGGAGAAUAAUUUCUUACUCGAUGUUCCCUUAUUAAAAAUAGGAAGAUUGUCCUAAAAGAUUGUUAAUAACCAGCAAAUCUUAUUAACACAAUAAGUCUACUUGUUAUAUUUCAUUGUAAUAUUGAAACAAUUAACAAGAAUGGCGGAUAAAAUUAAAGAAUUCUUUCAAAAGAAGAGAUUGAAUGCAAAAUUUAUGAAUGCUGGAAAAGGAUACAAAUUGACAGAUUCAACCAGCAGCAGUGUACCUUCAACAUCAAGGCCAAUAGAAAGAGUAGAACCUACGCAAGAAGUUAAAGUAGCUGGUCUAGCUACUCUGGCAAGACUGGAAGCAAAAACAAGUAACGCAACUAAAUGUAGCAAGUCGUAUGCAGCUAUAAAAGCACAAGUAAAACAAGAGUUAGAACAGGAAAAACAAAAGACUCGUAAAGAAUCAGAAAACAAAACUCAAGACACGAUCGAAGACAGUUCCGUGCUAGCUGUUACCGGUGUAUAUUUUCGUUGUCCAUAUUUAUCCAAUGAAAUAUUGUCAAAAGAUGAAUGGAGAAAAAAAAUAAAAGUAUUUUUAUAUGAACAAUUAAAAGGGGACGAAGCAGGUUUAACAGCAUGUUUAGUUAUACAGAGUUGUAAUACUGGAAGAGAACAAAUUAAUAAUUGUAUCGAAACACUUGGAAAGUAUUUAGAAAACAUUAUAAACAACCCAGAAUCAGAAAAAUACAGAAAAAUUAGGACUCAUAAUAGGAUAUUCCAAGAAAAAGUUCUACCAAUUGAAGGAGCGUUAGAUUUCUUAAAUGCUGCUGGUUUUCGCCAGAAAAAGUUGAUGAACAAUGAUGUGGAAGAAGAUUUCUUAGUUUGGGAUCCAGAGAAUUGUAACAUCGAAGAUGUUGCCAUGUUAAAUGAAGCGCUAAGGUCUGCAGAACCUAUUCCGCUUGAAUUAGAUAGAAAUCUCCAAGUGUUAUUACCUGUGGCAGCGAGUAAGAGAAUCGAAUUGCCACAGAACUUCUUUAACCUGACUGCGGAGCAAAUAAAAAGGGAACAGCAACUUCGAACCGAAGAUGUCGAAAGAAAUCAAAUGCUGAGGACAAAACGUAUGAGAGAAAAGGACACAAAAGAGAGACAUAGAAAAUAUAAAUUCUCGUUAAUUCGUAUUAAAUUUCCGGACGACAUUAUUUUACAAGGAACAUUUUCUGUUAACGAAAAAUACAUAAAUGUGAUUGAGUUUGUUCACGAAAAUUUGGCAAGCAGUGAGAUGUCGUUUUAUUUGAAAAGAUUAGCCGGGGAAACGUUUAAUGAUGCAUGUUUUGAUAAGACGUUACUCGAAUUGGAAUUAUUUCCCACUGUUCUCCUAGCGUUUACCUUGACGAAUGAAUCCGAAGGGUCGAGUGAGUCUACAAGAUAUUUGAAAGAAGAAUUACUUUCUUAUAUUCAAGCUAUUUGAAAUCGUAUAAUAUAUUGAAAAAAAAGAAAAACAUUUUUUAAUGUGGCCUACUUUCUUUUAACAUAGCGGAAAUUAUUAUAGAACAUUCCAACUAUCAAGCGAAUAUAAAAAUUGAUCAUUAUAGUUUUACAGUAACA